CGGGCUCGGGGGCGCGCGUGCGCUUGCGCACGGGUGCGUCCGGCAAACGCCGGCACUGCCCGGGUACUCCCGGUAUCUACCUGCAAUGGCGACCGUUCUGUCGCUCGCAGGUGCGCUGGGGCUGCUACUUUUGUCUGUGCUGCCCGAGGUCCUCGGAGACCGCCCCAGCCCCGACCGCCGGGCACACCCAGGGGACGCCGCCCAGGUCGGCCCUGGGGCCACGGAACCCGGGCGGCGACCGUCGCCGCCCAAGAACCAGCGCGAGCGGGCCCGGGCCGGGGCGCUGCCCUUGGGGGCGCUGUACACCGCGGCCGCCGUGGCUUUUGUGCUGUACAAGUGUUUACAGCAGGGGAAAGAUGAGGCUACUGUUCUCCAAGAGGAGGCAGGCAAGGAUUCAUCGCAGUCAGAGCAACAGCUGGCCCAGCUGACACAACAGCUGGCCCAGACAGAGCAACACCUAAACAGUCUGAUGGCCCAGCUGGACCCUCUUUUUGAGCGUGUGACUACCUUGGCUGGAGCCCAGCGGGAGCUUCUGCACAUGAAGCUACAGACCAUCCACCAGCUGCUACAAGAGAACAAACCAAACAAGGGUGUGGAGGUUCCAGAAUCAGAGGCCAGCAUACCCUUUCCUGAGGAUUUAUGCAUAGAAGAGGACGAGGAAGAGGCUGGUGACAGUCAGGCCUGGGAGGAGCCCCUAAAGUGGAGCACAGGGACAAGGGACCUAGCCACUCCCAGGGAAAUGGAGCAGGAACUAAGGAGAAGAUGCAGGAAGCCUGCGGCAAAGGGCCCCAGUCUCAGCCCCCACUGGGAAGGAGGGACAACAGCUGAAAGUUUAGUAAAACGUAGUCUGUUCUUGUGACUGGAUGCUCCUGUGUGCUUUUUCCAUUCCAUUCUGGUCACACACACACACACACACCACAAACACAUGCAACCAUACUAGGUGCCUAAGAACUGGGCCUUCUUGAAAAGCUUCCCUUAUUAGGACAUAAAGAGGCUGCCUUCCAGUGUAGGAGCCGAGAAGAUAGAGGGAGCUCCAGUCCUGUGUAUUCCUGAAGCCAUGGUCAUGCCAGCCUCCAGGGCACAAAAAUCCCUUUUCUCAUAUCACAUAGCUGAGGCAAAAAGACUUCUGCAAAAAGACUUCUACA